GCCUGAGUCGGGGCAUUGAAAAGGCUGAUAUUCUCCGUUGACGUCGAUAUCGCCACCGGGACUACUCGAAUUCACCGGUGGGUGUUCCUCCCUCGGCGGCCGCGGCUCUUCGUCUUCGUCUUGGUGGAUAUAGAUCUCGCUCCGCGUGAUAGCCGUCGUCAUGUCCUGGCCAACCAUCCACCAGUCGGGGGCCAGUAUUCGGCUCCAAUUCGAAGAGAAACUCGACAAUAAUCCACCACCUGCUAGUAUCCUCGUCCCCCGUCCCUCUCCCUUGGGCCAACGAAAAUGUGCCGCCGGCCGGGGUAGCCAAGCACCCGAGAAAAUCAGACGACAUCGAACGAAGCGAGAACAAAAGCGGUGGACAGCGGAACCAGCAAGAAAGAAGAAGAAAAAGAAAAGGGAAAAAGGAAAAAAGGUACGACAAGGAAACGAGACAACCAGACAACGACUCGACAAGACCAACAAUUCCCCUCCCGAGUCUCCAGAAGCGCGCAAGGGAGAGGGCGGGAAGGCAGCUCCGGGCCCAGUAGAAAUCAUCCACGAUGGCCCGGACUGGGAAAAAGAGACACAAGCGAGAGGGGGCAGCAUGCGGAAGCUGGGUGGCCAGGUGGACAGGGCCACAGAAGGGCUGGCCCGGCUGGACUUGCUGGUCCGGCUGGACUGGCUGGACUGGCCGGUGAGUGGUGACGAGGGAGACAACAACGACAGAGAAGAGCGAGCCCCCCAGAGCCCAGAGGAGGAGUGCAGUACCCAAACGGGACCCAAAAGGGCGGCGACGCGGCGCUUGUCAACUGCAGCGAUGAGUUGGCCAACGCAUCAAGUGGUCCGUGUGUAGCCAUGAAAGUCCUCAACCCAUCCCCCCUCACCCCCGGUCCCCGUUCGCCGCUUGUUUUCUUUCCCUUCUCGCUCCCAUCUUCUUUUAUUUUAUUUCGUCCUUGUUUCUGCUUCUGCUUGUCGUCCGGCUCGUCGUCCGGCUUAUUCCAGAAGACGCCCUCGAUCUCGCACGCGGUCGUGGGGCUACGCGUUGUUGGUUGAUGAAACCACAGGUACACUCACUGUCCACUCACUGGACGGUACAGUACGGUACACCCACACCCACCAACAACACCCACCAACACCACCUCGACCAGGCCUCACCUCGCCUCACCUCGCCGCCCUCACCCAUGUCCCAUGUCCCAUGUCCAUUCCGCCUCGUCGACAUAAAACGCUCCGGUAUUCGUCGCCU